UGUUAUCGAUCUAUCUGACGAAUAACAAUAAUUUUUCUAUAAAUGAUCAUUAUAUCACUGCGAAAUCAAAAUUAUAAUAAAAAAAUGAUCUCGCGUCUCAAAAAUGUCCUUGCCAACGAGAAUAAUUCAUUACGCGUCUAAAUACCGAGUUGUUUCACGUGCAAAGAAAGGAUAAUUGGUAUUACUUUACAUGAUCGCCCCGCAGAGCCGACAGAUGGUACCUGUCCGCGUGGAUGGACUCGACGCCCCGGGCCUAUCACGGGGUCUGCAGCCUCGACCGGCUCAUCUACAUAAUCGGCGGCUACGACGGCCACAAUUACUUCCACACGGUGCGCAGCUUCGACCCGGUGAGCAAGGAGUGGCGCGAGCGGGCCUGCAUGUAUCACGCCAGGUGCUACGUCAGCACGUGCGUUCACGACGGAAAGAUCUACGCUCUGGGCGGCAACAGCGGCAUGACCCGACUGUCCUCGUGCGAGCGCUACGANAAAUUCGAAUAA